AUGGCAAGCUUCAGUUACUCCCCAAUACUGGUUGCUCUGUCUGUAUUUGCAUUAGCACUGGCACUCCGUCCAGCCUCAGUUGAUGCAAACUUCUACGAAAGCAUCUACUUCAACUGGGGCGGCCAACAAUCAGCAAUCUCAGGAAACGGGGAAGACCUCAAUCUGGUACUGGAUAAAACAUCAGGUUCCGGGAUCCAGUCGUAUCAGGCAUUCUUGUUCGGCAGCAUCGAAAUGUUGGUCAAGUUGGUGCCUGGGAACUCUGCAGGAACAGUUACUGCAUAUUAUUUAUCAUCCACCGGGGACAGACACGACGAGAUCGAUUUCGAGUUCCUGGGAAACGUGUCCGGCCAACCUUACAUCAUCCACACCAACGUCUUCGUACAGGGAAAUGGAAGCAGGGAACAACAGUUCUACCCGUGGUUCGACCCGACUGCUGAUUACCACAACUACACCAUUCACUGGAACCCUGCCGCCAUUGUGUGGUAUGUGGACAGUGUGCCAAUCAGAGUUUACCGCAACUACGAGAGCCAGGGGGUUCCAUUCCCCAAUAAACAAGGGAUGACAGUCUACUCCAGUCUGUGGAAUGCUGAUAACUGGGCAACCAGAGGCGGAUUGGAGAAGAUUGAUUGGAACUCUGCUCCCUUCGUAGCCAGGUACCGCAAUUUCAGAGCUAGGGCUUGCAGGUGGACGGGACCUUCUAGUAUCAAUCAAUGUGCAGUGAAUUCACCGGCUAACUGGUGGACAUCUCCUGAAUACAAACAGCUGAGCUAUGCCAAGCAAGGGCAGAUGAAGUGGGUGAGAGACAAUUACAUGAUGUACGAUUACUGCAGAGAUUAUAAGAGAUUCAACGGCAAUAUGCCUCCUGAAUGCUUUAAGCCACAGUUCUAA